GAUGGUUCGAGAGUGUUGUUUUGAUACAGGAGGGAGGAAGCAGCUAGUAUUUGAGCGUAUGCGAGUCCGGUGGGAUGGUUUAGGAAGACUGUGAGAAUUUGAGUGAGUGAUUGAUAUGGGGAUGGGUGAUGCUGAUGCAGUGAAGGAGACAAGUUGAUGGAUCUUAGUUGGCGACUGGAUCUACGCUGGAGACUUUAUUAUUAUUAUUAUUUUCUUUUGGGGGGGGAUGGUUUGUUUGGGAUGUGGGCAGCUGAGCCUAUUUUUGUACUUAAGAGACGGCGCGGAUCGAGGGCUGAGGAGAUGAAAAAGAUCCUCGGGCUGGCUGGCUGGCUGGCUGGCUGGGUUGAAGGGUGUGUGCAGAUUGUUGAGGCUGAUGAGCUGGUGUCAGUAGUCUUCAGGCGGCUGCUGGCUUGAAGAGUGAGUCGAGUAUAGGCUGAUCAGCAGUGGCAAAUGAUCGAUCGAAUGGGCAAGUCCUGCUUUCUUUGAUGAUGAUGAUGAUAAUAAACUGGCCGCCAGCUUUCAGCGGGAGCCUUUUUUUAUUUUAUUCGACUUUCAAUCAGAAACAAACAAACAUCCUGAACUUGGGAAGAAGAAGAGUAUUACAAUGACGGAACAUUACAGAACAACUGUUUUUUACAC